AGAGGCGGACGGUAGCAGUUGGCCGAUGUCUUGUCCUUGUCCCGGCGCCAUGGCUGAACACUUCUCGCUGUCUGACUGUGAUGUUAUCGGUUUCGACCUGGAUCAUACCCUGUGCCGGUACAACGUGAGCGACACCUUCGCGCUGAUAUAUGAUAGCUUCGCUCAAUUCUUAGUUGAACAGAGAGGCUAUGAUCGAGAACUUAUGACUUUGACUCCUGACUGUUGGGAUUUUUGUUUCAAAGGCUUGCUUUUGGACUUGGAAGAUGGAAACUUACUGAAACUGGGAGAAGAUGGGACAGUUCUGAGGGCUAGUCAUGGCACUAGACUUUUGACAGGAGAAGAAAUAUUGGAAACCUAUGGAAAGAAGAGAAAGUGGAAACACUUCAAAACUAUCAACGGGACAUUUGCACGUUCAGGCAAAUAUCAUUUCUAUGAUAAUUAUUUUGACCUGCCAGGAGCUUUGCUGUGUGCCCGGGUGGUGGAUAUUUUAGAUCAGAAUAGAACUGUGAAGAAAUAUGAAUUCUGGAAGGAUGUGAUUGCUUCUAUAGAAUACAAUUACAAAGCAUCUGCCUUCAAAGAAGACUCUGGAAUAUAUUUUCCAUCAGUGAAAAAAGAUCCAGGGAAAUACCUACUGCGUUGUUCUGAAUCAGUGAAAGAUUGGCUGAGGAAACUGAAGAAUGCUGGGAAAGUGCUGCUGUUAAUUACCAGCUCCCAUAGUGACUACUGCCGACUGCUCUGUGAACACAUUCUCGGAGAAGACUUUGAGGAAAUAUUUGAUAUCAUAAUCACAAACGCUUUGAAGCCAGGUUUCUUUACUCAAAUGCCACAACAAAGACCCUUUCGAACUCUUGUUAACGAUGAGGAAAGGGAGCCACUUCCCUCAUUAGAACAACCUGGCUGGUACUCACAAGGUAACUGGAGCCAUCUUAAUGACCUACUGAAAAAGAUAACUGGAAAAUCAGACCCAAAGGUUGUUUACUUUGGUGACAGUAUGCGCUCGGAUAUAUUCCCUGCUCACAGCUACAAUAAUUGUGAAACAGUCCUCGUGCUGGAAGAACUAGAAGUUGAAGCCAGCCAACAAGUCACAACAGACAGAAAGGACUCAGAGCCAUUAGAGAAGAAAGGAAAAUAUGAAAGCAAGAGGCAGAAGAUGUGGCCAGUCGUGUCGGAACAAUGGGGCUCCUAUUUUGUGGAUGGUGUCACGGAACUGGAGGGUGAAGAUGAAACUCAGGUGCACACAUGGUGCACCAGCAAUAUUAACACAUACAGUACCAUUGCCAUUCCCAGCCUGCAGGCUAUAGCAGACUUGUCACUUGACCACAAGUUCCCCAGGUUUUGUCCAGAUAAACCGAGUUUCAUAGGUUAUUAUCCGAGGCCUCCUGCAGCCCUUGUUCCAAGACCCAGUGAACCAAUAACACAAGAAUAAGCAUGCAAAAGCUGUUACCUCAGCCUGUGAAGAAAAGCAAGAUCCUCUGCAAAGCAACACAUGUUUUGUCUCUAGUGUGGCUACUGUGCGUUACCUCCGUAAGAGAAGUUUCUGUACUGUUUAAGUGCAUUUAGAAUCAGCUAUGCUGAUGGUUUUAUUUUUGAAAAAGCUGUUAUAACUUCAUUUUUAAGAAAAAUCCUCUUUCAGUGUUAUUGGUUGUAAGGGUAGCAUUAAUCGGUCUAAAUAUAGUCCAGGCCCGUUGAUUGUGAAAAUGGUGUAAGUAAAGUCAUUCCAUUUAAUACAGGAGCUACUGUAUUAAUGAAGACUGUUUGAUGAUCCAUUAUUUUUUGUUUUAAAGGGGAAAAACGUCAGAAGAACUGUGCAUCAUUUUGAUCACAAUAAAGUCACACCCAAAUAGUGCAAUGAUGUGUUUUAUUUGAUCAUGUAUGUUUAUCAAGAUUUUUUAAAAUGUUUACCAUGUGCUUUUUCAUGAAGUGAACAAGCAAAGUUCUACAGACUACUUGUAUUUAUAUACAUUGCAACCAAACUGAUGUCUUAGAAAUGAUGACCAAUGGUUCAACUAAGCUGUAUCAACUGUAUUGCUAUGUGGUUGGUGACUGGGUUGUCUACUUAGAAACCUGCUACACUGUUGUAAUAUCAGUACAAAAUAAGCAUUUCACUUUAAAUACUGUUAUAAUGCUGAGGAUGAGAAAAUUAUUUUGCUGAGUGCUAAUUGUGGAAUUUUCCAACAUGAUUGCUGGGAAAGGUUUGUAACCUGUAAUGUCAUGGCAUCUUCAAGCUUCCAGGCAUGGGAGGGGGGAACAGUAGUGUGAAAAGGGAACAAAGUCAACACAAAACAAUUGUCUUGUGCAAAGUAAAAAAAAAGUUUGCAAAUGUUAAUUUUAGACAUUAAUAAAAGUAUUUUUCAAUAUUUAGUGAA